GCAGCCUCUCGGUGUUUCGGUGGAGCAGAAGGAGUAAACCGGAGGAGCGGCAGAGCGAUGCUGAGAGCGCGGCAGGAUGUCUUUCACCUCCUCCUCCUACUCUUCCUCCUGGUCCCGGACUCUCCGAGUCUUCCUCCUCCUGCAGCUCCUCCUCGUGCCGCCGUGCCUCCUCCACCCGCAGCCGUGCCACCUCCUGGCUCAGAUCGGACACACGGUGCGCGUCGGUGCGCUCCUGCCGGCGCAGCGGGCGGCUCGCAUUCAGGUCCAGGCGGCGCUGAGCCGUGCGGCGGCUGCGCUGAGUCGGGAUCGGGACCCGGACCCGGACCCGGAGCGGGACCGGGAGCGGGACAACUUCCUGCCCUAUAACUUGAGCCUGGAGCUGGUUUCCCGGCAGCCGGUCGCGGCGGACCCGGAGUCCCUGUUCCGGUGCGUGUGUCAGGGCGUGGUGGUGCAGGGAGUUUCCGCCGUGCUCGCCUUCCCGCAGAGCCGCGAGGAGUUGCUACAGGUGGACUUCAUGGCCUCCUUCCUGGAGAUCCCGUUCCUCAGCGUCAUCGAGCACGGAGAGCCGCUCCGCACGCAGAACCGGUUCCACCUGCAGAUGGCGAUGGGGGUUCCUGAGUCCGGUCUGUCGGACCUUCUGCUGAUGGUUCUGCAGCAGUCAGGUUGGAGGGAGGGGACUGUGGUUCUGUGUCGGGGCUGGGAGGAGGCUCGGGGUCUCCUGCUGCGGCUCCUGGGCGGGGAGAGUGAGAGCAGUGCAUUGUGGGAUGGCGGGGGUGGAGUCACCUGGCACAUGCGCGCCCUCCUGAACCUGACGCAGUCAGCACACGAUGACACUCAGAUCCACGACUUCCUGUCCCGACACUUCAGACAGAACCAGCCAUCGCCGGCGUCCGUGCUGCUAUUUGGAGCUGACCCGCAGUGUGCAGCAGCAGUGCUGCGAAGCGCUCAGGACCUGGGCCUCACGUUACCCACGGUACACUGGGUGCUGGGACAGCCUCUGAGCCCCGACGCGCUGCACACCAUUGGGCUGCCACUCGGCCUGCUGGCCUAUGGAGAGGUUGAGAGGAAGCCACUGGACUUCUACAUCAGAGAUGCCCUGCAGCUUGUCACCAGGGCCGUUGCCGCAGCAACACUGGUGAGACCAGACCUGGCUCUGAUCCAGAACAUGGUGAACUGCUACGACAAGCCCAACAAACACGAGCUGCCGUCAUCAGGACAGUACCUGUCCAGGUUCCUGUCCAACACAUCUUUCUCUGGUCUGACGGGUCCGGUCCAAGUCCAGCAGAACCGUUCUCACGUCCUCACCUCGCAGCGUUUCCAUGUCUGGAGCCUUAGACGCGACGCGCUGGGUCAGCCCACCUGGGUGACAGUGGGCAGCUGGGAGGGAGGCCAGCUGCAGGUGGAGGAUCAGGGAGUCUGGCAGGGACCCAAACCUCGCCACAGGACAGAAGGGGCAGGCGGGAGAACUAGGGGCCGCUGGAGACCGGGGAUACCGGUGGCCGGGAGUCGGGUCCGGGUGGUGACUCUGGUGGAACAUCCCUUUGUGUUCACGCGGGACGUGGACGAUGAGGGCAGCUGCCCAGCAGGCCAGUACUGCCUGGACGCUGGCACCAACAGCUCGGACACUCUGGAGAGGGUCUUCAGGGAGGUGGCAGGGGGAAACAGCAGCUUCCUGCCUGCAGAGUACAGCAAGUGUUGCUAUGGAUACUGCAUUGACCUGCUGGAGAAGCUGGCGGAGGACCUGGGCUUUGAGUUCGACCUUUACAUUGUCGGGGACGGAAAGUACGGAGCGUGGAAGGGGGGGCGCUGGACCGGGCUGGUGGGGGAUCUUCUUAAUGGACUAGCAGACAUGGCCGUCACCUCCUUUAGCAUUAACUCGGCCCGGAGCCGCGUGAUCGACUUCACCUCACCCUUCUUCUCCACCAGCCUGGGCAUCCUGGUGCGCAGUAAGGAUACUGCAGCCCCCAUCGGAGCCUUCAUGUGGCCCCUGCACUGGUCCAUGUGGGUGGGCAUCUUCCUGGCACUGCACAUCACGGCGCUCUUCCUCACCCUGUACGAGUGGAAGAGUCCAUAUGGUAUGACACCUCAUGGACGCAACAGGAUGAGGGUGUUCUCGUACUCAUCGGCUCUCAACCUGUGCUAUGCCAUCCUGUUUGGACGCACCGUGUCCUCCAAGACUCCGAAGUGUUGGACGGGUCGGUUCCUGAUGAACCUGUGGGCCAUCUUCUGCCUGCUGGUGCUGUCCAGCUACACCGCCAACCUGGCCGCCGUCAUGGUGGGAGAAAAGACCUUCGAGGAGGUGUCAGGGAUCCACGACGCCAAGCUGCAUCACCCGUCGCAGGGUUUUCGUUUUGGGACGGUGAGGGAGAGCAGCGCUGAGGAUUACAUGAAGAAGAGUUUCCCAGAGAUGCACGAGUACAUGAGACGCUUCAACGAACCAACCACACCUGAGGGGGUCGCCACUCUCAAGACAGAUCCUCCUCAGCUGGACGCCUUCAUCAUGGACAAAGCUCUGCUGGAUUAUGAAGUUUCCAUCGACGCCGACUGUAAACUGGCAACUGUGGGGAAACCAUUUGCCAUCGAAGGUUACAGCACUCUUCAGAUGGGAAUCAGUCACUUUUCAGGACUCUUCGUGUUGUUGUGCAUUGGAGUGGGCGGAGCUUUGCUGACUCUGGCAGGUGAACACGGUUUCUACCAACUCAUCCUGCCGCACAUCCGCCGCCGACAGAACCUCAAGUACUGGCUGCACACGUCACAGAAAAUCCAUCGAGCUCUGAACAUGACGUACGAAGAUGUGAAGAAACAGCGAGCCGAGAAAGAGAAAAGCUGUAAUCUGCAGAAGCCUCAGCCCACCACCGGCCCCCCCGCCCCGCCACGCCCCGGAGCCUCCGCCAAGUGGAACAACGAGGCCAUUAAGGAAGCUGCCACCGCUGCCACGGCCGCCAUUCCUAAAGAUGCACGAGACUUCAAACGAGUCCACUUCAACCUGGAGACCCUCAACACCCGCCGCCUGCUUGCCCGCAUCGCCACUUCUGAAGCCAAAGGAGGCUGGGCCAAGCCUGAGGGGGAGGGACCAGCCAAGCCGAAGGCGGGGCCAAACAGCAAACUGUGUGAGAACGGAGGACCAGCGGUGUCACUGGCCAGUCUGUUGCUCUCCCUGCCCUCAUCAUCGUCCUCUUCUGCUUCCUCCUUCGCCAAACCCAAAACCUCUGCACCUCCACCUGCCGCUGUAGCCCCCACUCCUGCAGCCGCGGCCCCAUCCCCAGCCGCAGCCCCACCCCCUGUAGCCGUGGUCCCCCCCCGGCCUGGCGAGCUGCAGGAGCUGCAGGAGGAGAUCGAACAGAUGAGGGAGAGGUUGAGGACAGCUUUAGCCAGGAGGGCGGAGAUUCAGACCACUCUGACCAAACCUGCUGCCGCUGUGACCAACAACCAGUCUGCAGUUAGCACAACGACAACAACCACCACCACAACACCAACGACAGGAACACCACCCAACACCGCCUCAACCAACGCCCCAUCCAAUAUCACCUUAUCCAACGCCCCAUCCAACAUCGCCCCAACUAACGGCUCAUCCUCUGAUAUCCCACCAAGUGCUCCACCCACCACCACCUCAUCCAAUGCCCUGCCCAACGCCUCCUCCACCGCUGCCCCAACCAACACCCCAUCCACUGUCGUCCCGGUAACACCUUUCCCUGCCAACACAAAGUGUGUGACGACCAUGACGGACCCGCCCCACAAAGUCCUGUCCAAAGUCCGGCCUCUCCACAGCAGACUGACCAAUCAGAGGAGGUGAUGCUCUCUGCACAGGUCACAUGACCCACUUUACACGGCGGCCAUUUUGAACUACUGAAAGGAUUUUAUUAUGAAAUGCCAAAGUUGAACCUAAGUGGACAGAUCUGGGUCAGUGACGUCGUAGUUUCAGAGAGUUUUUCAAGACUUCACUGUCACAGAAUCUGUUGUUGAUGUUCCACAGGAAGUGACAGACUAAUGGUCUCCAUGGCAUCCUACAGGCAAACUGAGAGUUUGUACGGUUAAUAAAUAAAUGUGACUAUACGAUGAAUCCAAACUGAUGUCACAUGUACAAUAUUUACCAGGUUUAACAGAUCAGUCAGAGGACGAGGUUUUUAAUGAUGCCGUUUGAUGCAUACG